UUACCCUAUCUUUUGAUUAACCUACUGGUUCUGAGUAAAUCAGUUAAGAGGACUUCUACAGAAUAAGCUUAUACGUACACAAUUUCUGGAAGGAAAAACAGGAAGCUGACAAGAGUGAUAAUCUCUGGGAAGUGAAGAAAAACCCUGUUUUCUGUAUUGAUAGAAUUUUUUAAAGUGUAAAAAAUAAUCAUGUAAGGGCGUAUUUUCAAUUUUUAUUAUGGGCUGAUAAUAGUAAUUUCUGUAGAAAGAACUUCAUAUUACCGUAAUUUUAGUUCUUUAUUGUCUUCAAAAAUUCACAUCAGAAUUCAUUCAUCUGUGAUCCUUAACAAUAUACGCUUAAAAAACCAGGUCCAGAGUUGUAGGAGUGUGUUAUUUACAGAGCUAAGCAGGAGUUUAACUGUUCGCUGGAGCUCGAGUGUGUCAUGCAGGCACUUCAACCUCUCAUGAGCGAUAGUGCAUGCAGCUAUUUCCUCCGCAAAAAUUGGUCCCACUCUAUGCCCCAGCUCAAAUGAUCGUACCCAAACCAGAAUUCAGACAGUUAUUCUAAAUUCCUCUUUGCCUAGGACUGGCACUAAAAAGAUGAUUAGUUAUCUGAAGUUCAUAUUUGAGCGUUCUGCGUUUUAUCUGGCAAACACGCUUUGGGAAACAGUUGGUACCUCUCCAUUACACCCUCCAUUUCUGCAAGAGGUUUUCUUCUUAAAAUCUCAGGUUGCUUCAACGCGCUGCUGUAGCUGAUACCCAAGCAAGAGAAAAAAAAAGCUUUGGCUGAGUGGCUAUACUCCGAACGCGAGGAAAUCGGCAGUGUUCAGUAAAUUUCGGACAGCGAGAAAAACGCAGGAAUCAACAACCGGCUGACGCUCAGACUUGGGCCGUGGGACCGUCCUUCACACCAAGCAGGGAACCAUUGAAAGUUUUUGAUUAUGGAAAUAACUUGAUUCCUCUGUCAACAAGCAGUGUAUAGGGCAGUGGAGGGAAUCAGAUAUUGUCAAGGGAAUAAUUAACCUUACAGAACAAUGGUACAAAGCCUGUAAGUCACCAGGGAAAGAAAGUGUGACCUCAGAGCCAAACUGUCAAUGGACAACCAUUUUUGGACAAUGCAAGAAGUCAAAUACCUAAAGCAAGAUUAUCUUCCUAUCCAAAAAGAUGAAAAUGACUGAGUUACUUUCAAAAGACAGCCAAAUGAGUGCUGCAGACUAAUGAGUAGAAUCAAUAAGAACGUGAUUUUGGCCCUUUUAACUUUGACAAGUUCUGCAUUUCUGCUGUUUCAGUUGUACUACUACAAGCACUAUUUAUCAGCAAAGAAUGGAGCUGGUUUAUCAAAAUCCAGAGGAAGCCGAAUUGGAUUUGAUAGCACACAGUGGCGUGCAGUUAAAAAAUUUAUUAUGCUAACAUCCAGCCAGAAUGUACCAGUGUUCCUAAUUGAUCCUUUAAUUCUGGAAUUGAUUAAUAAAAACUCUGAACAGAUCAAAAAUACUUCUUAUGGCACCACUUCAGACUGCAAGUUUUUCUGUGUUCCAAGAGACUUUACUGUGUUUGCACUGCAGUAUCACCUCUGGAAGAAUGAGGAAGGCUGGUUUCAGAUAGCUGAGAAUAUGGGAUUUCAGUGCCUAAAGAUUCAGAGCAAAGAUCCCCGGCUAGAUGGAAUAGACUCACUUUCUGGAACUGAAAUCCCCCUGCACUAUAUCUGCAAAUUGGCUACUCAUGCCAUCCACUUGGUGGUCUUUCAUGAAAGGAGUGGCAACUACCUCUGGCAUGGCCAUCUACGACUCAAAAGACACAUUGACAGGAAAUUUGUUCCUUUUCGAAAGUUACAGUUUGGUCGUUAUCCUGGAGCAUUUGACAGGCCAGACUUACAACAAGUUACCAUUGAUGGACUAGAAGUUCACAUUCCAAAAGAUCUAGUACACUUUCUAGAAGAAAUACCACACUCCAGGUUUAUUGAGUGUAGGUAUAAAGAAGCUCGAGCAUUCUUUCAGCAAUACCUUGAUGAUAACACUGUGGAAGCUAUGGCCUUUCGGAAGAGUGCAAAGGAAUUGUUGCAACUGGCAGCCAAAACAUUAAAGAAAUUGGGAGUACGAUUCUGGCUGAGCAGUGGCACUUGUCUUGGAUGGUAUCGGCAGUGCAGCAUUAUUCCUUAUAGCAAAGACGUCGACCUAGGGAUUUUUAUACAAGAUUACAAAGCUGAUAUUAUUAUAGCAUUUCAGGAUGCAGGACUGCCACUCAAACACAAAUUUGGGAAGGUAGAAGACAGCUUGGAACUGUCUUUCCAGGGAAAAGAUGAUGUAAAACUUGACAUUUUUUUCUUCUAUGAAGAAACUGACCAUAUGUGGAAUGGAGGCACUCAGGCCAAAACAGGAAAAAAAUUUAAGUACCUGUUUCCCAAGUUUACUCUGUGCUGGACUGAAUUUGUAGACAUGAAGGUUCAUGUGCCUUGUGAAACCAUUGAAUACAUUGAAGCCAACUAUGGUAAGACCUGGAAAAUUCCUGUGAAGACGUGGGACUGGAAACACUCUCCCCCCAAUGUGCAGCCCAAUGGAAUCUGGCCUAUUUCUGAGUGGGAUGAGGUUAUCCAGUUAUACUGAGACACUGGGUUGAAAUGGGAGAAUUCCUCUCCUGAAAAAAGGUGGUUAACUGUUAAAAAAAGGUACAUAGCUAUUUGUCAAAUGUAGGUGAGAACCAAAGAAAAAUGACAAGGGUGAAGACACAGAAAAAGCCCUAACUCUUGUGCAAUGUGAUUUAUUCUCUCAUUCAGCAUUUAUUGAGGGAGUUUCUCUGUGCCAGGUACAUUGCUAGGUUACAGCUGAAUGAGACAGAUGUCUGCCUCCUUUCUCCUCCCUUUGGUAAGCGUUCUAAUUUUCCUUUGAAGAAAACACUCCCACCCUUUUAAGAGCUCAGAUAGAAUGUGAUAUGUCUCUAUAAGGGUUUUUUAAAAGUUUGAUAAUGUUUAGAUUGGAAGAUGAGCCCACUAGGCAAAGCUAAGGAAGGAUAUACUAGUUAAAAAGAGUAACCUGUUCCUUCUGAGCAUUUAAACUGGUGUGUUAGUGCUACUUUUAAGAUUGUGGAGUCUGAGUUAAUAGUUAAGUGAUCAGACUUUAAGUGACAUCAAGAAAAGAUGCUAGCAGAUUCAUUUUACAAGCAACCUGAUGUGGAAUUCAUUUAGAGCAUAAGACAUUAUUCUACAAGAGCUUAUUUCCAGCCUAGUCAAAGAUGAGUAAACUUCUAUACACUCUUACUAUUUUCACGUUUGAUGUGAGAAGAAAGCUUGUGCUUGUGUGGUGGUUCGGUUUCCAGCCAUUGCCCAAAUAUUUUCACUGACCUUAGAUGGCCUUGUUGACAAAUUGUUCAAGUGAGACCAUGCUAUCAGACAUGAUUUUGAAAGGGUUGUGAUUUUCACAAAACUUAUUUUUCUUAUUUUAUUCUUAGCCACUCUGUUAAGUAAGAAUGUAACUACUGAUGGACAUUUCAUAUUUUCUGAAUUUAUAAUGCUUGCACUUCCAAUUUUAAUAUUAACUAAAAUAUUAAUAGAGAUACCUCUGAUUUUUCUAAGUUUACUCUUCAGUGUAUUCAUUCAUAAAUUACAGCUCCAUAUCUUUAAUUUGUGGCCUAUAAACCAAUUUAAAUGGCAUGUAAACCUAUCUAUUCCCUCUACUCUCCCACUGCUAUAUCAAGUCUCCAAAAAUAGAAUAUAAAUGAUGAACCUGGUCACUGUUUCCCACCCCAGAUGAUAGUGUUUGUAAAGUUUGUGUCCAUCCCUAGUCAAUCUGUUGAAUAUGGAAGGGGCAAGAAUUCACAGUUCCUUACUUUGUCAAGUACCACCAACUCUGGAACCCUCAAGUUUCCUUUUUCCCAUCAAGACACAUCCCUCAGUGGGCUGGAAUGGCCAUCUCCCCCAUCCAUUCAUGGAUCACUUUAAUUAUAUAUUUAAAGUGAGAGGUAAAGGGAAAUACAGGCACAAACACUGCUAUUUUUUUUUUGUUGUUGUUCUAGAAAGAAAGUCUUAUAUCUUAUCUACGUGGCUUAGGAUUACUUCUGGACCAGCUUGGCAGAUUUUGUCCUAAGACUGGAGAAUACUAGAAAUUUCAGAAAUAGAAACCACAAGUCUGAGGGAAUGGGCUGACAGAGUUUCCCUAAAACAAAGUUGAGGAAAAAGUAACCUACAACCACUCCACUCAAUUUUCAAAACAAUAGCAAAAACUUUCUUUGAUAAAUUAUAUCCAGCAGCUGCCUUCUCUUAUGAUGAGCUCUCAAGGCAGAAUCAUUGUGUUUUUUCAUCAGUAACGUGGUCAGGUUUCCAGAGAUCUUUAUAAAUUAUCAGCAAACUUGUCCCUAACUGGCAGGCCAUCAUAAUCAGCUUUCUCUGUCUUAGAAAAUCAGCCUAUAGAAUUCACACCCAAAUUCAAAGUAGUUGACUCUAACUUCAUUUUUUUAUGCUUAAAAAAAAUAUAACAGAUAACAUAGUGUUUCUGGGCAAAAUCCACCCUACUUGGUGAGGACCAUUUGCUUGUGCUCAGCAUCUAGAAGGGCACACACGCAACAUAAUCUGCCAAUUCCAAAUUGGAACUUCCACUGUUUGCAAGGGGAUCUUACCCACCCUUGUUCAGGUUAGUUUUACCUGUCACUGGAGUCCAAGAUCUUGGAGUGUCAGAAAUCCAAGAUAUCUGUCUGCUUUGGUAGAGGUUCCAUAUCCUUUCCUUCAUAGACUGCUGGCUGCUGAAACACCUCUCCUGUCAGCCUGCUGGUUUCACAGGCUUCAGCUCUUGGAUGUUACCGUAAUUCGAGAAGGAGAUCCUUUCCCCUAGACCCUAAAGACCAAGCUGUCCUUUGAUACAAAUUUAGCCAUACUUCUAUCUUAUACUUCUUAACAGUUGUACUCUUCUUGAGUGUCCAGAGACCUUGGGUCAGGUUGAUCCAUCAUCAACAAUCAGAUCACCUUUCUUUCCUCACCUGAGUAUGCCAAUAAUCAAUCUCCUACUCUGACCACCUUCAGGAGCAGUUUGCCUUGCUUAGCAGGAGAAGACCUCCAAUAUUAACUUGUUGGAAAUUAGGUGCCCGUCGAUGUCGCCAGAGAGAUCCUUAGAGGCAAGUUCCCUCUCAGUUAACAACCAGGUAGCACUCAGUCCUUCUCUAAGCAGGGAGCACUCGUCCUUUUCGUCUCUGCUGUAGCUACUGACAUCUGAACCCUGGUAUAAAACCACAUUUCCCAAAAUUGAGCAUCCUUAAGAAUAGCUGGUCAGUGGGAUAACAGUUUUCCUUGAUCCCCUAGCUACAAACCCUGAAAUGUGACCAGUAGGUGGCAGAAUAUCUACCAGCAUGCCCCAAAACAACUUAACACUGGUGUGAAAAUCAUCCUGCUUUUGCAUCAUAAAAGCUAAAUGUAAAAGCUUAAUGCAGUACUUUUUCUAACCCUCGUAUUUUAUAACUAAAUAUGUUCAGAGAGGAGUGAUUUGAGCAAGAAACAGCUGAGGUUAGAACCAAAGAGUAUCAUGAUUUCUAGCCCAUUCUUAUUUUGUUUGCUUCAUGGCACAGCAUCUUUAACCCUGCUUGAGGUGCUUUAUAGGGAAGUCAUCCAGUGGCUCAAUGGGACUAAGUUUCAAAGUAUUUCCCACUUAAUAUCUUUUUGUUCAGAUUGAGAGAUUCUGAGGUGACAGAGAGGUCCAAUUUUCUUGUCCAGAAUUCUUAGAAUACCUUCAUACCUUUAUCUGAAAAAUACCUUAUUUACAAAAGAUUAAAUAGUUCAUAUCUGGAAGUGUCAACCUUUAGUCAUGAUAUUCUUAAUGUUUAGGAGUACCUGAUUCUCCUAAGCUCAAGAUAUAUCCCAUUGCUUCUUUACCAUUCUGCUUCCCCAGGGAACCAAUCUGCCAACUGCCAACUUCUAGAGCCCCUCUUCCUAAAGCAACUCUUUCUGUCUCAACUCCUUUCCUUCAUAGAGGGUCUUUACCUGGUAGUAGUAGUCUGUUUCAAGGAGCCCUGAUGGCACAGUGGUUAAGCACUUGACUGCUAAUCAAAAGGUCGGCAUUGAGAACCCACCAGCCCCUCCGCAGGAGAAAGAUGUAGCAGUCUGCUUCUGUAAAGAUUAUAGCCAUAGAAACCCUAUGGGGCAGUUCUGCUCUGUCCUGUAGGGUCACUAUGAGUCAGAAUAAACUUGAUGGUAAUGGAUUUUAGUGAUCUGUUUUACCAAAGAGAACAGUAGAUGUAACUGGGGUGCUUUUCCGUUUUCAGGACUUUUUCUCUGGUUGGUUUGAAAGAAGUCUGGAGUAAUUAGUUUCAAGUAUUUAGACUGCUUUUAAUUGUUCAUACUGAUACUCCCUUAAGGAUACAAGUAUUUGAGAGUGGAUUCUGCUCAGUAGCUUUUUUCUUCUGUGACCCCAAACCAUUGUUUCUAUACUUCUGUGACCGCAAACCAUAGUUUCUGUUCAGUUUCUAUUCUACAAAGUUUUAAGUAGCACCUAUGACAAGCAGUGUAUUAAAACUUUACAUGUAGGGAAUCAGGGGUUUAUAGGUUGGGAACCAGAGCUGCAUCUGAUAAACACACUGGAAUGAGCUUCCACCCUCCAGUCUAAAACUUCACCAGUAUCAGGAAUCUAAGGCUACAAAUGUUUUCUAGGUCUUCCCUCUAGUUUCAGUUUCUGGAAAAUGAACAAUUCUUUCAUCCUCCUAGUUAUAAAUCCCCAGGUGAAAUCUCCCCUCAACACUUAGUCAGAAAGUGUUCAUUCCCACCUCCGAACACAUAACUAUCAGUUGUAACAGCUUUUAAAGCAUGGAAAAACUCCAGUUACUGACCAGUCAAAACAAUUUCUCUGAAGAAAUGUCCUAGCAGCUAUUUCUCUUUUUUUCCUCUUCUCUAUUGUUGAUACCUGGGCUAGGUUCCCUUUAACAUUUUGAUUAGGGAAGGCAGAAGGUUGCCAUAAAAAGAUCACAAGGUUUUGAAUAAGGCCCAAGUCUGACUCCCGACUUCAUUGUCAUCAGGGACCUCUCAGCCUCAGUUUCCACAUAGGUGAAAUUGAGGAGUGAUGGAUACUUCUGAGGGUUCUUAGGAGGAUUAAAUGAGAUGAUUAUGUAAAGUUCUUAGCAUCAGACCUAGGAUUAAGUAAGUACUCAAGAAAUGUUUGUUUCCUGCUUCCAGGGCCCUUUUCUAAUUAGUCCUCAAAUGGAAUUAAAGAAACUGUGGGCAGGACACAUUGCCUUACUCAGAAAGUUGCAUGACUGCAUUUGCAUAAGAAAAAAAAAUUUUUUUUAAAUUCUCUAUCAGGGCAUUGAAUCCAAAUUUUAUGAAUUUAGAGACAUUUCCAAGUCACUUCCUUCUCCAAGAAGAAUUUGUAUUUUCAUUUUGUUGGUCAAGCAGUUGUCUCCUAGGAUCACUUUAUAUUAUCCCAUUGUUGUUUUUGUUAGUUGUCAUCUAGUCAGUUCCUACUCAUGGUGACCCCAUGUGUGCAUAGUAGAACUCCUCCAUAGAGUUUUCAACGUAUGCUAUCUAAUUCCUUGGUCCCAAGCAUUUCACUCUGUACCUCUGUAGAUUUGGUGCCUACAUCUGCCCUGGACUUAUCUUUCAAUGUUGCAGCUUUUCCUAGAGAUAAACCCCCCUUCUUGUUAUUGCAUCUUUGCCCAGCCAAAAUCAGAUAUGUGUCGUGAUUUGGAGAUACAAAGAACUUGAAAUAUUUGGUUUAAUUUAAUUGUUUAUGCUGAUGAAUGUAUCAGUGUUAAUGAAGGAGAAUUGAAAAUAUCCAUUUCUACCUUCUGCCCCAAAUUUGUGUUUCUCUCUUUUACAUGGAUAAGUUCAAUUGCAAAUUCUCAUUGACCAGGCAAGAAUCAGAAGGGUAUGUGAUGCCAUUUUAAACUGCCCUGCAUCAGACUGAGAUCCCAAUUAUAGCUUAUAAGUCAAACAAGAAAAAAUUAAUGGUGGUAUAUUUUGUACAGUACCAGUACUAAAGUAGACAAGGGUAAAUUUGUUAACGAUAUCUCUCUUUCUAUAUUUUCAGAACUUCUAGCCUAGAAUGUUCCCGCUUGAGACCCUCCCCAGCCCAACCUAAUACAGAGAUUAUGUAGGGACUCAUUAGUCAGCAAAGUUGCUGUAUACUUUGAGCAGCUCUCACAGUGGGGUUGAAAAGGAGAGUAUGAAGGAGAAGUACAAGUACUGUAUUUUGUUCUAUAAAACAAGAUACUGUCUCAUGCUCCUUUUUUUUUUUUUAACUUAAAAAAAAAUACAAGAUUUUGCAGCCUCUAAUGACUCAUUCAGAGCAUGGAGAAUAGUUCAUGUGUUUGUUAAAUAAAAAUCAUAUGUAACUAUUUGCCCCUUCCAUUUCAUAACUUGAAAUACAUGCAUAUGCUUUUUCUAAACAAAGUCAUGUUUUAAACUCAAGUAGAUUUCAGUGUAUGCUUACCAGUGCACUAUUCAGUUUUAUCUUCAGGUACAGAUAGUUUGUGGUACUACUGAAAAUAUCUUCAGUCUUUUGAUGAGAAUUUGUAAUAUAUAAUCUAAUUUGGGUUGAGAAUAAAAUUUUAUAAUCUCUUGCGAUGUUUUGUGUUUAUUUUCACAUCUUGAAGUAGAAAUAACACUCAUAAACAAUCCUAUAAACUAAUAAUUUUGCCACCAGUACAAUAUUCCUAAAAUUAAAGUCCAGGCACCCUAUAUACUUGGGAAUCCAAGAGUUCUCCAUUAGAACCUACCAGCAGAAGACCACAGCCACCAGGAACACACCUGUAAUCAAACAGAGGUAGGUUUAUUAGCUUCUUGCAGCAAGGGAGAACACCCACCAUGGAAAUAACAUGUUUCAAGAAGAAGGGACUAGAAGGGGGUGUUACUGGAUUUGAGCUAACUCAGAAUUAGUGAAGAGUAGAAAAACGGCACAGAAUAAAAAGUCUUAGUUUGUCCAAAUUGAACAAUGUCUAAAAAAAUAAUAACACACUGUGACCAAGUGGGAUUUAUUCCAGGUAUACAAAGCUGGUCCAGCAUUUGAAAAGCAAUCAGUGUAAUAACCAUACAAGCUAAAGAAGAAAAAUCGUAUGAUCAUAUCAGUUGACAUAGUAAAAGGAGUUGACGAAGUUCAUCUCUCAUUGAUUUAAAAAACUCAGUAAGUUAAAAAUAGAGAGGAAUUACUUCAGCUUAAUAAAGAACAUCUACAAAAAACCUAUACAUCAGACUUAAUAGUGAAAGACUGAAUGCUUUUCUGCUAAGAUUAGGAACAGGGCAAGGAUGUCUGCGCGCACCACUCUUACUCAACAUAGUGCUAGAAGUUCUGACCACUACAAUAAGGCAAGAAAAAGAAAAGGCAUACAGAUUGGAAAAGAAAUAAAACUCUAUUUGCAGAUAACACAAUUGUCUACAUAGAUAUGACCAAACAAUCUAUUAAAAAAUAAAACCUCCCAGAGCCAGUUAAGUUCAACAAGGUGACAGUAUAUAAGAUCAACACUUCAAAAUCAAUCAAAUUUCUAUAUACUAUAUUAACAAUAAACAUAUGGAAACUUAAAAAACACAAUAACAUUUACAAACACUCCAAAAUGAAGCACUUAAAACACGAGGAUCUAAAUGCUAAAAAUGCUUAUUGAAAGACAUCAAAGAAGACCUAAAUGAAUAGAGAUAUAUACUAUGCUCAUGGACUGGAAAACUCAACAUAGUAAAGAUGGCAAUUCUACCCAGAUUGUUCUAUAGGUUUAACACAAUUCCUAUCAAAAUCUCAGCAAGGUUUUUUGUAGACAAAUAAGAUUAUCCUAAAAUUUAUGUGGAAAGGCACAGACCCUAUAAUAGCUCAAACAGUCAUGACAAAAUCAAAUUAGUAGAAAGAUUUGAAAUCAAGAUCAGAGUUUGUCUUGACAUUUCAGUAGAUAUAAGGACUAGGUGUCAUUAACGCUUUAUGUUGCAGAUGAGGGAGCUGCACUUUUAGAGAUAACAGAUGUUAAAUCCUUGUCUUCUGACUUGAAACACAGUGGCUACUCUCUGCCAAUUCUAAUUAACUGCUAAUCAAAAAAAUAUAUAUACUUUGAAAGCAACCUUUUAUACUGAAAGUCGGAAAAAUCACUCUACCUUUAUUAUGUAACUAUAGUAGUCAAGACAGUGUGGUAUUAGUAAAGGGAUAGACAUUAAUCAGUGGAGUUAAAUAAAGAAUCUGGAAAUUGGCCCACAUAAACAUGCACAACUGAUUUUUGACAAAGGUGCAAAAAAGCAAUUCAAUGGAAGAAGGAUAGCCUUUUCAACAAAUGAUGUUGGAGUGAUUGGACACUCAUAGGCAAAAAAAUGAACCUUGACCCAAACCUCACACCUUAUAUGGAAAUUAACUCAAAAUACAUUAUGUACUGAAAUGUAAAACUAUAAAACUUUUAGGGGGGAAAAGAAAAUCUUCAGGGCCUAGGGCAAGGCAAAGAGUUCUUAAGAGUUGACACCAAAAGCACAUAAAAGGAAAAUAUGUCUUUCAGCUGUCUUAGUAGAAGAAUGACAGUCUCAUGGUUAGAGAAAGUAUGAUGGGACAAAGGAAGUUCUUACCCAGAGGGUUCCAGGGAACUAGAAUAGGCAUUUUAGGCUCAGAUGAAUUAGGGCAGGAGAGCUGGUAAUGAGGUCCUAGGCUCUGGGGAAGACAUGAAGGCACUUUCUGGAAUGGGGUGGCGAGUGAGGCACAAGGGAGCCAAUGGUAGUGCU